CUUUACCUCCGCCUUGUUCCUUUACCGGCAACACCGACCGAGACUUAUUUGGUUAACGCACCAGAGGGCAAUGGUCCUCAGUAGGGGGCUGGUCCUGGGACUCCACACCUUGAUGACCCUCCUGAACCCCCGGGAAGCUGGGGCCAUCAAGGCUGACCACAUGGGCUCCUAUGGACCAGCCUUCUACCAGUCCUACGGUGCCUCGGGUCAGUUCACCCAUGAAUUUGACGGGGAACAGCUGUUCUCUGUGGAGCUGAAGAAGAGUGAGGCUGUGUGGCGUCUGCCCGAGUUUGGCGACUUCACGCACUUUGACCCGCAGAGUGGGCUGGCCAGCAUCGCGAUAAUCAGAGCCCAUCUGGACGUCUUGGUGGAACGCUCCAACCGCACCAGAGCUAUCAAUGUGCCUCCAAGAGUGACCGUACUCCCCAAGUCUCGAGUGGAGCUGGGGCAGCCCAACGUCCUCAUCUGCAUCGUGGACAACAUCUUCCCCCCUGUGAUCAAUAUCACCUGGCUGCGCAAUGGUCAAACAGUCACCAAGGGGGUGGCCCAGACCAGCUUCUAUUCCCAGCCUGACCACUUGUUCCGCAAGUUCCACUACCUGACCUUCGUGCCCUCAGCAGAUGACUUCUAUGACUGCAAGGUGGAGCACUGGGGCCUGGACGAGCCGCUCCUCAAGCACUGGGAGCCUCAGGUGCCUAUCCCACUGCCAGACAUCACAGAGACCCUGAUCUAUAUCCUAGGCCUGGCCCUCGGCCUGGUGGGCUUCCUCGUGGGCACCAUCCUCAUCAUCACAGGCACAUGCUUGUUCAGUGCCCCCAGGUGCAGAGGCCCCCGGGGUCUGGGGGAGGAAAAUGGUUGACUCUGAUCAGGAUGGGGGUGGAGAAUCAGAGAUUCUGUGGGGAGGAAUGGGAUCAGGGAAGGUGAUACUAUAGACAAGUAUUGGGCAGGGAAUAAAAGAGCAGAAGUGAGGUGAGGGGUGAGGUUUGGGGGAUGUGGGCAGUCAGAGAUAGGAUCCCAGAACUGUGAGCUUGAACAGUCUGGGUCAUAUGGUUUUUGCUCCUUUAGGUAAAGACCCUUCUGAGAGAAAUGGAUUGUGGGAGACACCCUGUGGAUUCCUCGCAAGUUUCUGACAGCCUUCACAUGCUCAGUGCCACAGUCUACUGAGUACAUCUCCUCUGUGCUGACUUUGAACGGGAUCAACCUC